AAGACCACAUGUUGUAUGCCUACCUUUAUUUGAAAUGUCCAGACUAGGUAAAUUCAGAAAGUAGUUUCUAGGGAAACGGUUUGGGGAGAGGCAGUUAGGGAUAGCGAUGGCUAAAAGGCUAACAUUUCUUUUUGAGAUGAUAAUAUCCUAAAAUGCGUGACGAUUACUAAAAAAACAUUGAAUGACAUACUACUAAAGUAGUAUUAAAACUGUUAUUAAAAAGAUAAAGUAGGGCCAUGACUUAUUUCAUUAAUUUAAAAUUUGGAUUGAAAGCCCCAACAUUGCUAUUCCUUGCUAAAUCCUUGCGGCCAACAACUCGGGGGUUCAUGGACAGGCACAGGUUUUCGAGUGUCCAGUAUUGAAAUGCAGCAGCAAUGCAGUGCUUAGUCAUACAGGGCUCCGUGGACUGAGUCCUAGCAGAGCCUCCGGGCGGGCCGCGUCUCCUCGGGUCACCGCGCGCCCCUCCUCCGGCCUGAGUCACGGCGUCGCCGGAGUCCCCACGCCAGGAUGCGGCGGUGAGGCGGCCGGGACGCGGCGGGCCCUGGGGCGCAGCGUCGGCUGUCGGCCGCCCAGCGGCGCCGCUCGCUCGGGAAGCCAGGCCCGCGGCCGCGCGCUCAGGGCCGUCCGCCUUCCCGGCCGCUCGGGACUGCUGGGGACUGGGCGCCGGCCUGCGGCCCUCGGGCCUCCAUGGCGUUCAUCCGGAAGAAGCAGCGCGAACAGCAGCUACAGUUCUACUCCAAAGAGAGGUUCUCCUUGCUGCUGCUUAACCUGGAGGAGUACUACUUUGAGCAGCACACAGCUUAUCAUGUUCAGCACAGGGGCAGCCACGAGGAAAGGAAAAUCAGAGGCUCCUUAAAAAUAUGUUCAAAAUCAGUGAUUUUUGAACCAGAAGCAGUAUCUCAACCCAUCCUUAAGAUUCCUUUGAGAGACUGUAUAAAAAUAGGAAAACAUGGAGAAAAUGGAGCCGGUAGACACUUGGCAAAGGCAAAAUCUUGGGGCAUUUCACUCAUUUUUAGUCAGGUAUAUUUUAUUAAAGAACACAAUAUCGUUGCACCAUAUAAGAUAGAAAGGGGCAAAAUGGAAUAUGUCUUUGAACUGGAUGUUUCAGGGAAGGUAGAGGAUGUUGUGGAGACAUUGCUGCAGCUGCACAGAGCAUCCUGUCUUGACAAGCUAGGUGACCAAACCGCCAUGAUAACAGCUAUCCUGCAGUCACGUUUGGCUAGGACAUCCUUUGACAAAAAUAGAUUCCAAAGUGUUUCUGAAAAGCUCCGUAUGGAAUGCAAAGCAGAAAUGGUGACGCCACUGGUGACAAAUCCUGGACACGUGUGCAUUACGGACACUAACCUGUAUUUUCAGCCUCUCAAUGGGUACCCGAAACCUGUGGUCCAGAUAACACUCCAAGAUGUCCGCCGCAUUUACAAAAGGAGGCAUGGCCUCAUGCCUUUGGGCUUGGAAGUAUUUUGCACAGAAGACGAUCUGUGUUCCGACAUCUACCUAAAGUUCUAUGAGCCUCAAGAUAGAGAUGACCUCUAUUUUUAUAUUGCCACCUACCUAGAGACCCAUGUUGCGGAGCACACCGCUGAGAGCUACAUGCUGCAGUGGCAGCGGGGAUACCUCUCCAACUACCAGUACCUCCUCCACCUCAACAACCUGGCCGACCGCAGCUGCAACGACCUCUCCCAGUACCCCGUGUUUCCGUGGGUAAUAAAUGACUACUCCAGUGCACAGUUAGAUUUGUCAAAUCCUGGAACAUUCAGAGAUCUCAGUAAACCAGUGGGAGCCCUAAAUCAGGAGCGGCUGGAGAGACUCCUGACACGAUACCAGGAAAUGCCUGAGCCGAAGUUCAUGUAUGGAAGUCACUACUCUUCCCCAGGCUAUGUGCUCUUUUACCUUGUUAGGAUUGCACCAGAGUACAUGCUGUGUUUACAGAAUGGAAGAUUUGAUAAUGCUGAUAGAAUGUUCAACAGUAUUGCAGAAACCUGGAAAAAUUGUUUGGAUGGCGCAACGGAUUUUAAAGAGUUGAUUCCAGAAUUCUAUGGUGAGGACAUCAGCUUUUUAGUCAAUAGUCUGAAGUUGGAUUUGGGAAAGAGACAAGGAGGGCAGAUGGUUGAUGGUGUGGAGCUUCCCGCGUGGGCCUCCAGUCCCCAGGACUUUCUCCAGAAGAGCAAGGAUGCCCUGGAAAGCAGUUACGUCUCUGAGCACCUUCAUGAAUGGAUCGAUCUGAUAUUCGGCUAUAAGCAGAAAGGGAGUGAGGCUGUGGGGGCCCAUAAUGUAUUUCAUCCCUUGACCUAUGAAGGAGGAGUAGACUUGAACAGCAUUGAGGAUCCUGACGAGAAAGUAGCCAUGCUGACCCAAAUUUUGGAAUUUGGGCAGACACCAAAACAGUUGUUUGUAACACCACAUCCUCGAAGAAUCACCCCCAAGUUUAAAAGUUUAUCCCAAACCUCCAGUUAUAUUGCAUCUAUAACAGAUUCCCCAGUCUCUCCAGGUGAAGAGUCAUUUGAAGACCUGACUGAGGAAAGCAAAAGUCUAGCCUGGAAUAACAUCACCAAGCUGCAGUUACAUGAGCAGUAUAAAAUCCACAAAGAGGCAGUCACAGGGAUAGCAGUGUCUUGCAAUGGGUCUUCAGUCUUUACUACAUCACAAGAUUCCACUUUGAAGAUGUUUUCUAAAGAAUCCAAAAUGCUACAGAGAAGUAUAUCAUUUUCCAAUAUGGCUUUAUCAUCUUGUUUACUUUUGCCAGGAGACGCCACUGUCAUAAGUUCUUCUUGGGAUAACAAUGUCUACUUUUAUUCCAUAGCAUUUGGAAGAUGCCAAGACACAUUAAUGGGACAUGAUGAUGCUGUUAGUAAGAUCUGUUGGCAUAAUGACAGGCUGUAUUCUGCAUCUUGGGACUCUACAGUGAAGGUGUGGUCCGGUGUUCCUGCAGAGAUGCCAAGCACCAAAAGACACCAGUUUGACUUGCUGGGGGAGCUGGAGCAUGAUGUCAGUGUAAAUACAAUCAGUUUAAAUGCUGCAAGCACACUGCUAGUUUCUGGCACCAAAGAAGGCAUGGUGAAUAUUUGGGACCUCACCACAGCCGCCUUAUUACACCAGGUCUCAUGUCAUUCAGGGACUGUAUGUCAUACUGCUUUUAGCCCAGAUAGUCGCCAUGUCCUCAGCACUGGAACAGAUGGUUGUCUGAAUGUGAUCGACGUACAGACGGGGAUGCUCAUCUCCUCCAUGACCUCAGAAGAGCCCCAGAGGUGCUUUAUCUGGGAUGGAAAUUCUGUUUUAUCUGGAAGUCAGUCUGGUGAGCUGCUUGUCUGGGAUCUCAUUGGAGCAAAAAUCAGUGAGAGAAUCCAGGGCCACACAGGUGCUGUGACGUGCAUAUGGAUGAAUGAACAGUGCAGCAGUGUCAUCACAGGAGGGGAAGACAGACAAAUUAUGUUCUGGAAAUUGCAGUAUUAAGUGCCUUUUCCUCUCUGACAAUUAAGUUGAACUCUUAAGGUAUUUUUAAACCAGACUUUUAAAUGGUGAAUGUGCAAUGAUAGUAAUUAGAAGUUUUACCACAUAAAAAAUUUGUGGUUUAAACUUUCUAAACCAUGGUUGAUUUCAUUCAAAGCCAUUCACUGUCAUCCUUUAAGGCAGACAAAAUGUGGCAGUGUUAGGGAAGAGAACAUUACAUUCUAAGGCAGAGGACUAUCACAAUGUGAUAAUGGUUAGAAGACUGUACUGGGUGGUAGAGGGAAGCAAAGAGAUACAAAAUUGGGCUGGGAACUCAUUGACCAGCUCAGUUUGCAAGGUGCAGUGUCCGCUGAUCUUCUUGGUCUCCCACAGUUGCUGCCACGGGGUUCUUAGUGUGUAUGUUUUCAUGGAUGGAUGGAUGAACUUUCUGUGAUGCUGUAUACCAGAUUCUAAGAACCUGGAAAGAAAUAGUCGUUCUUAUAACUGUACGUUUACUGUGUAUAGGAAUGGUUUAUAUUUCAUUAAGCUACUAAAUGUUCAUCUUUUCUACAUUAAAAUAUUUUUCUGUAAAGAAGGUA